UUCCGGCUGCGCUAGGAGGUCGCGCAGGCAGAAGGCCUCGGUCAGAAGGGAGGGAGCGGCAGCAUCCAGAAUGUCCAGGGAAAUGUCCAGGGAACAGUUAAACUGGAAGUAAUUUAUCUCAUGCAAAUGAGUUAAUUUGCUGGGGACACAGGGACAACAUGCCAACUGCCAAGCAACUAGCAGACAUUGGCUACAAGACCUUCUCCACCUCCAUGAUGCUCCUCACUGUUUACGGGGGCUACCUCUGCAGUGUCCGAGUCUACCACUAUUUCCAGCGGCGCAGCUCCCAGCGCCAGGCUGCAGAAGAACAGAAGACCUCGGGAGUUCCAUAGAGCUGGGGGGCUUUUUUCCUUGAGCAGAGAGACCUGAGGCACGUUGUGGAAAGACCUCACCUGCAAUCAUUUCUGAGUUAAGAGGAUCAGGGCCUUAAUGGUUUUUGAACUCUGCUGGGAAAAAGUGCCCAUGUUUUCUCUGGUACAGUCAGUUUGGAGAGGCUGUUGAAUCAUAACAGGAAUGGGAGGGUGAGGCACACCUACAGACAUUAAAUAUUUUGCCAU